CAUGUACAUCUAAAUAUGUAUAUAAACACGAACUAUUACAAAUAAUCUACGUGGGAUAAUAAACUGUUUAGAUAACUAUGACAGAAACUCUGGCCAGGUCGCUUUUAAAAAGGAAUACUUUCGGUUUUCUUUACGGCGUGGAUUCAACACCGAGGUUUCUGGAAAUCAAAAAUAGCAUUCGUUUUUGCCGUAGAGAAUUAUUUUAUUUUUAAAACCCGAUCGACUGACCAGAAGCAAUGUGAUACCAAUGUUAAACGGUGGUAUAUGCUCCUUAAGUCAGUCUGAUUUAUUUUUAGAAAUUAGUAUUUGGUCUGUAAAUGUGAUGUUCAUGCCAUCUUGGGAUUGGUGUGCCAUUUGUCUUGACCCCUUGGGUAGGAAUACUCUGAGAUACUACAAAUAUUCUACUAUGAAACUGGCUAAAAGUGGAGUGAAAAGCAAUUCAAUGACCUUCCCAGUGCAUUAUGGGAACGGUUUCGUUUGUCGCCAUUUUACCUGAGACAGUAUUAUCGUGACAAAACACCCUGUACCCUGUAAGCAGACUUUGGGUGAGAGUGUCUGUGGGUGUUUUUAAUGAAUCGCAGCAUUUACAUCUUUAACCAUUUAACAUCAAGGGUUCAGGGGCGACUUUCUAAUAAACUGUAACUGCAGCACCUACAGUAUCAGUCACAUGAUCACAACGCAGCCCUGAUUCAGAGCCAGAGUUUCACAGAGGAUGUGCUCUCUUAUCGAUCACGGAAAGAUACUUCUCCUUCGUGCAGUCCGCUGAGACUGCUGUUAUGAUCUGCCAGUAAAGCUCAUGUGUUCUACACCACAUUCGUUCCAUUAAGCCAGAACUCAUUUGUCAGGCUUAUUCGGGAAGAAAACCGCCUGGAAGUUGAGCUGUAGUUUCAGUAAGCGUUUUAUAACCACAGAACUGACCAGAUCUUCAGAACUCCAGAAUUUCAGCCCUUCAACUUGGAAAAAACGAAGAAAACUGGAUUAGUUUAGCUAGAUUAAGUUGUCUGAGAUAACGGCACGCUCCCAUUUUGCCUGGGCGGGGCAGAUGUAGCAAGACUCAAAACGAUGCCAAUUGUAGGCAUGUUGAACAGUUUGCAAUUCGUUCGCGUGAACGAUACGGAAGUCUGGAGAGGACAAAAGUAAAAGUGUCUUAUUCGUGUUGACGUAAUUUCUACUGAAACUGUAAGUCAGGGUGGGACAUAUUGUAGCUCCUCCCCCUUUAAAAAAAAAUAGCCAAUCGCGUUUAGCAUACUUCACAGCUCGGGGUGAGCCGUACUUGACGGUUAGUGUAGUGGAUUUUUAUAAUGUUGGGGGCGGGACGUUUCAGAUUCUAGAGAGCGUUUGAUUGGAGAGAAAAUCUGAUGUGAUGCUGAAGUGCAGGAUGAUGUCAUUUGAACGCACGCACUUUGAACGCACGCACAACCCGACUUCCUUUUCAUAUCUCAGGAUGUCAUCUGGACGUCACCCACACUGAAACAGUAAACUUUACGUUUCGACCUCUAAAUGGCCAACUGUGUUUACCUUUACACGUGCAUAUUUGAAACUGGUUAAGCCAGUCAGAUACCAUAAGCUACUACAGUCAGCUUCCUCCAUGGAUACAGAUGGCAGUGCUGGUAAAAUGGUGGCAAUGUGACAUACUCGUUACACUCUUCUGUUCAUAGCCUAGAGGACUCCGAUGCACUUUUCUGAAUUUGGGCGACGCGGUCCUCUUCGAUCCUCAAAGCGACACUGAAUCGUCUCUGUACCCCGAGCUCUCUUAAAAAGCCGAGCAGAGAGGCAACGUUGUCCCGCUAACGCCGAUCAGAACACCAUGACGACUUCGUCCUUGCGCCGCUCCGUCAAGAACAUCGUAAACAACUACACGGAGGCGGAGAUCAAAGUGCGAGAAGCGACCUCCAACGACCCGUGGGGUCCUUCGGGUUCGCUCAUGAUCGAGAUCGCCGAGCUGACUUUCAACGUGGUGGCCUUCGCCGAGGUCAUGGGUAUCAUCUGGAAGCGCAUGAACGACCACGGCAAGAACUGGCGUCACGUCUACAAGGCGCUGACGCUGCUGGAUUAUCUGGUGAAGACGGGCUCGGAGCGCGUGGCUCAGCAAUGCAGGGAGAACAUCCACACCAUCCAGACGCUCCGGGACUUCCAGUACAUAGACCGUGAUGGCCAGGACCAGGGCGUGAAUGUGCGUGAGAAGGCCAAGCAGCUCGUUUCUUUGCUCCAAGACAAAGAGAAACUGAAGCAAGAGAGGGGCCAGGCUCAGACGACACGUGAGCGCAUGGCCCGUACCGGAAACGUCAUGGCGUACGGCUCCAUGCCUCCGCCCUACUCGGGAAGCCGCACCAGCCAACCCAGCAUGGCGGCCGUCCACGGGGACACGUACGGCCGAUCUCGAGGCUCGCCCCCCUCGUUCAACUUGUCCACUUCGCCCCCUCAUCUGGCCCCGGAGCUGGAGCAGGCGCGCCCGCAGACCAGCGGCGAGGAAGAGCUACAACUGCAGCUGGCGUUGGCCAUGAGCCGAGAGGAGAGCGAGAAGCCGCCUCCUCCUGUGGAUAUCGACGAACAGACACAACUCCAGAUUGCAAUGAGCCUCAGUAAGGAGGAGGCCCAAAAGAAGCCUCCGCCUGUCGUCACCUUAGACAUGGACGAAGAGACGCAGCUCCAGAUUGCUCUGAGCCUCAGUAAGGAGGAACAUCAGCAGGAGGAGCGAAGUCGCCUGGGAGAUGAGUCGUUGCUCCAGAAAGCCCUUGAAGAGAGUAAACGCGAAAUGGAAGCUAAAGCAGGAGGGUCUGCCAUGUUGGAUCUGCUGGAUAUUUUUGCUCCAGACUCUGAAGCGCCACCUGGUGCCAACCCGUGGGAUCCGGCUGGAGCCGGUGGUCAAGCGCAGGCUGUGGGACCGCUGAGGGUCGACCCGUGGGAUUCUCUGGAGCCAAGCUCCUCAACUCGAGGUCCUGGCAGCUCCUGGGCAGCACCUUCCAGUCUUCACUCUCAGCCCUGGGACACUCGGUCACGUCCUCCUGACCCAUGGGAAGCUCCUCAGAACGCCCCCAGUCCUGUUCCCUCGAGUCAGACAUGGCCCUCAACUGUUGCCCCUGCAGCCACAGGAAUAGACCCUUUCUCUCCUCUAACAGCAGACAAAAAAGGGUCUGCUGUCCCAGUCAAAUGCUCAUCACCACGGCCUGGAAGUCCCACAGAUGGAGAUUUUUUUGAUGACGCCAUGGAUGGAGGUCAAGUGAACGUUAACGGGCGUAGUGAAGGAAGUCCGGAAUUGUUUGACUUGUCUCGUUUGGGAGAAAGUUUAGCAGAGCCGGCGUCUCGGACCUGUCGCACUCCGGAAGCCUUCCUGGGCCCCGUAGCGGCCUCGCUCGUCAAUCUCGACUCCUUGAUCCCGCCGAAUCAGGCUCCUAAGAACUUAAACCCGUUUUUAACAGGUCUGAGCGCUCCUUCGGUCACAAAUCCAUUCCAAAGCGAGCAGCCACGGCUCACGCUCAAUCAGAUGCGUCCUACCUCCACGUCCCCCACUCCCAGCUCGCUGCAGUACAGCGCCUCUCUGCCUCUGCCUGCGAGUAAUCAGCCUUUGUCCUUACCCAGCUCCUUCACCCAGCCUUCAGAGGGACACGUUAACAUGCCUGGGAACCUGCCUCAACCGCUGCUACCGCUCUCGUCCACAUCCGCACACGGACAACCAGAUCAGAGUCAGAACCCGUUCCUCUGAAGGUUGGCGUGAGCGGUGCUUCACGUGGCCUGAAUGUAAGCUUGCUGGCCUGAGUAACAAUGCUUAUAACGGAGUGACGAUUUAACUGCAUACUUGGAUCUAAACUGGAAUAUAGUCCAAAUUAAAGACACUACUGUUUUAUACUGGCUAACUAUUUUCACAGCUCUUUGCUAUUGCCACUUAUCCUCUUAUAUCCAUCUGCACUACAGAACCAACGUGUCUUUAUAAUCAUAAACGCAAACAGCACAAGUUUUUUGUUUUUUAAUAUGGAAUCAUGAUCUAAUUUCAGAUGAAACUUCAACCUACUCUGUAAUGACCAGUAACUUUACAACACGUUACAGCUUCACUGAUCUCUCUAGAGCUGCGUUAGUGAUCCUUCCUUUUUAGUAUUCCAUCCAUACACCCUGGUGACUUCCUGUUGCACUUUCCUUCUGUAUUAUUCAUUAUGGAUGACCGAUAUCAAUGAGCUGAAUAGCAUGGAAGCUAGCCAACAGCCCCAUCCCGAUAAUGAAGCUCACUCAGUCAAGGAUGUCUAAUAUGUAUAAAACACCAGACCAAAACCUGUUUGUUUUUGUUUUUAUAAACCAUCAUUAAGAUUGGCUGCUAAGUGAACACACUUCAUGAAGAGAAUGAAUUUACUGUGGAGUGAUGACAUACUAACAGAAUGUGUGAAUAAGAGACUGUUAUGGAAAUACAAAACAUUUCUCAUCAAAUAUAGGAAUGAAAAUACAA